CAGAAAUCUUAGUUUCCUAUCUUCCUUUUUUAGGUGUCAGUCAUAUUGCUUCAUCAACUUCCCUUUUUCUUUGCAUGCAAAACUUAAAGUCCCUAAAGGUCUCCAACAGAUCUCCAGACUGACUGCUUCAGACUGACCCAACCAGCGCAUAACUUAGAGGAACGAUCUCAAGACGAAAUCGCAGAUGAAGGCGUGGCAUAGACUCCUGUUGGCCCUCCUUUUGUGGGUGGAGUUAAAAGGAGAUGUUGUCAUGGCAAUCUGUAUGGUCUCUGAUUCUGAGUAUGGUGAUACGGGCCGCUGUGUGUGUGCUGCGGACUCCCUGCAGAAGCCAUUACAGAUGAUGAUGUGUUUGCAGAUGAGUGAGCUGGAACUGCAGGAUGGUGUCUUGCAACUGCAGAGUAAAUUUCUGUCCAUGCAAGACUCUGAUGAAAUCGCGGCCCUAGUUUUUCUCCCUUUGGAGCGUAUUCUGUUCACGCGAGUUCGUAUCCCGGGGGUGUUUCUGUCUGCGCUGCUUAACACACUGCCGAAGACCAAAGUCCAUCACUUGGACUUCACACAAACCACUUUGGAAGCCCUUACACACCCUCCCAACCCCACUGAACCAUGCCCUGUCACCGCCCUCAGAAUGGACAGAGUGACCUUUGACCCUUCUCUGCUCCUGCCACCAAUGCACCCACUGUACGCCUGGCUGUUGUCUUCGCUCAACCACCUGACCUUGCGUGGUGUGCCUGGAGGGCUGUUGCUAGGCAACGAAGCAUGCGCUACCAUAGCAAUGCUGGCGAACGUGACCGAGCUGGACCUGUCAGAGAACGGCCUGACCGACGAAAGCCUGGUCAAUUUGACCCGCUGCAUAUCGUCCUCCGCUCCCCCUGUCAGCUCUCUCGGCCUCUCCGUCCUUCGCUUGAGUCAGAACCAGGUGCGCUCCCUGGAGGGUCUCUGCCCUCUCCUACAAGCGUCCCCCAACCUGGCGGAGCUCGAUCUGAGCCAGAACACCCUGGACGGUUCUGCUUUUGGUUCCGAUUGUCUCAACUCCACUGGGCAGCUAAAAACUCUCAAUUUGUCCUCCACGGGCAUCCAGACAGCAGACGGGCUCGUGCCAGCGGGCGUGGAGGUGCUCGAUCUGAGCGGGAACCGGUUGUGGGAGUUCCGGAACCCUCCAGAGGGACUCAGGGAGCUCUAUCUCUCUAACAACCUCCUCAGCCUGCUCCCGGACCUGACCAGGGCCUCUCAGCUACAGUUUCUCUCUCUGGACGGGAACCGACUCACCGACCUGUCCAGCGCAACCUCCUUCGGGCUGGUCCUGGACCGUCUUUUGGAGCUGAGAGUUGGCCGGAACCCUUUCACCUGUGGCUGUGAGAUCAUAGAGAGUGUGGAACUUCUUAGGGGAAACCGUAACAAGGUGUUAGACUGGCCUGAUGCUUUUCUGUGCACGCCGCUUGCAAGCAACAGCACCACCCUCAGGCUGGAGGACCUUGAGCUCACAGACUGUGACCAGGCCAUGGAUGAAGCUUCUUCUGGCAUGAAAAUGAACGUGGAUGUGGCUCUAUGUAUGUCAGUUGUUGUCGCAGCUGUUACAUUAAUGUUGGAGUGAUACUUUCAGCUCAGCUUUACCUAGUAAUAACUCAAAUAAGUUCUAAUCCCUUUAAGUAAAAUAAAUUGUUGCCUGUAUGGAGGAAACUGAAUGCACAUUAAUGAAAUAAACUAUUUUAGCUCUAACAUGAA